CUUUAGUGUGUCAGCUGUAAAUUUAUUGCCUUACAACGCUAAAAUCCGGGGGUUGAUUCCCCGCGGUGGACAAAGUUCAAAUAAAUCAUUGUGUAAACUUGCACUAAGAAAACAACAUAUUAAACCUUUGAGAGCGCUAAACCACUAACAUCAAAACAGAACCAAAAAUGAGGGAACUGCAAUAUUAUUUUUUACUAUUAAUUUAUGUUCAACGCGGAGAAGGUAGAGUUUAACUUUAAAGUUUAAUUCUCGCAAGAGAAGAAAGUCGUAAUUUAGAAGAUGGACAAUUUGGGAACUGCCCCACAAAAGAAUUCUGUUUAUGUAAGGCUACUUUGGCUCCCUGGUGACAAAAGUAAGUUUCCUGUGAACAAACUUAAGGAAUCCAUCCUGUAUAUAGACAAAGUGUUAAUUGAGGAAUCUUCUGAAAGUAAAAGAAAGACAUCCAAUGACUUAUAUGAAGAACGCCUGUUAGAAUUGGAAUGUGAACUGAGACUAGAUAAGUCACUAGAAGAUUGUGUACAGUCUCUACUUUGUAAAUGGUGCAGUUCUUCUUUCCCAACUCAGUUUUGGAUAUUUCCAAAAAAUCUUGAUGUUUUCAAAGAAAAAUUUGUUCCAGCUCACAAAUGGAAAAAAAUAGAAUAUUUUUCAUUAGGAUCAAUAGUAGGUCUGAACACUUUUGUUGAGCAUUACAAUUGUUCUCAAAAUGAAAAAGGCUCCUGCAAAAUAACCCAAGUACAAGGUUAUUUUGAACAUGACAAAGAAAUUUUGAAAAUUUAUUUUUGUGUUGCUAAAAACACUACAAAUGGUCAAAGAGAUGGCAGAACCCAUAGAUUUCAUUGGUUAGUUGUAUCUUAUGCAUCCAUUCAAAGGAUUUUGAUUUCAAAAUUUGAGAAUUGUACAAAACUAUAUAUGUAUCUUGCCUCUCCCCCUUUGCUGUAUGCUGUAAAAGCAAAGGAUAAGUACAUACCAGUAGAUGAGAUUGACAGUAAAACACCUAAGGUCAGGGUUGUACAGUUUGGAGAGGGGCAGAAUCAGUGCACUAAAUCUAUGUUGGGAAAAUCUUCAGUACUACUUAUAAAGUUGAAUGAUAAAGAACACUGGGAGGUAACAAGCUGUCUGUUUAAUAGAUGUAAAGAAACUCCUGUUUUCUUCACACAUAUGGAAAACAAAACCUGUACAAAAAAUCCCGUUUUACCUCCAUUUUCUUCUCAGUGUUUUGGAUUGAAAUAUGCUUUAAAGGCAGUUUUUUCAAAUAGCUUUAAUGUUCAGGAUCAACACGUUGACAAAAGUAUUUUGAAUUCAUAUGCUAACAAAAAUCCAAAGGCACUGGAAGAAUCACUCUUUGAAAUAUCUGUAGCAUUGGAUGCUGGAAACAUUGUUUUGUUUGAAAAUGCUCUAAAAACACUUUUCCCACUGUAUGACAUUGAUCUCAGUCUGAAGAAUGAGAAGUUGAUGCUUGUGCGACGAGUUGUUCUUACUCCUACGAGAAUGGUUCUUCUACCCCCACAGCCUUACAUGAAAAGUUUAAUAUUUAAGACAAAUUGUGAUGCUGAAUAUGCUUUACGAGUAUCAAUUCGUGAAGACAAUAAUAUGAAAUUGACUUUUACAAUAGGAGAAUCUGAAGAUUGUCUUAAUGAAAUUGUUUACAAACCACUAAUAAGAGGCCUAAGAAUUGCAGGUCGUAAAUAUGAGGUUUUUGGCUGUUCUACUAGUCAAUUACGUGAUCAUGGCCUUUGGUUAUAUGCAGAAGAUGAGAAAAAGCAAACUGCAGAGAGUAUCCGAGCAUCACUGGGCAAUUUGAAUAACAUAAGAACUAUUUCAAAGUACAUGGCACGUAUGGGGCAACUGUUUUCACAAGCCCGAGGAUCCCUGCAAGUUUCCAAGGACUGUGUUGUGGAAGUGGAUGAUGUCACUGGUGGAAUGCAUCCAGAUUCUGGAAAACCAUAUAUAUUUUCUGAUGGUGUGGGAAAAAUUUCACCAAAUUUAGCGAAGAAGGUAUACAAAGCUCUAAAUAUAGAAACGUGUCCAUCAGCGAUGCAAGUCCGAUAUGGAGGUUGUAAAGGGAUGCUUGCUGUAGAUAAUCAGUUACAGGGUGAAGUUAUGCAUACCAGACCUUCCAUGAAGAAGUUUGAAUUUUCAAGCUCGUCUUUGGAAAUUCUAAAUUGGAGUCAUCCAAAACCAGUGUUUCUCAAUCGCCAAGUGAUUACCAUUCUGGAACAGCUAGGAGUACCACGAAAUGUCUUCGAAAAACUACAAGAGAAGAUGCUGCUUAAGCUAACUCGUAGUCUGUAUGAUGAAAGAUCAGCACUGAAAUUAUUGAAAGAAAAUUCAAAGCUGAAAUUUCCAUUUAAGGAAUUGGCAAGUGUGGGUGUUAGCUUUCUGAAAGACCCAUUUUUUAGGUCAAUUAUUCAAGCCAUCUACAGACGUGUAACAUUGGAUCUGAUUGAAAAAUCCCGCAUAGAAAUUCCAAUAGACAAAGGGAGAACUAUGUUUGGUAUAUUAGAUGAAAGAUCAAUUCUUGAAUAUGGUCAAAUAUUUGUCCAAUAUACCGAAUUAAGUGGCAUCAGGACUGUCCUUCAAGGAACUGUGGUAGUACUAAAAAACCCAUGCAUGCAUCCUGGUGAUGUCAGAAAGUUUGAGGCCGUUGACAUACCACAGUUACAUCAUCUCGUUGAUUGCGUUGUGUUUCCAGCAAAAGGCCACAGACCACAUCCAGAUGAGAUGUCAGGUUCAGAUCUAGAUGGUGAUGAGUAUUCCUUAUUCUGGUUGGAUGAACUGAUCUUCAAAAGACUAAAUCAUUCACCAAUGGACUUUCCAAGUAAUGAUUCCGAAACAAAUGAUAAACCAGUUGAGGUUGCUGAUAUGUUGAAAUUUUUUACUGAAUAUAUUAAAAAGGACAGUGGAAUUGGACGGGUGGCUAAUGCUCACCUUGUUUGGGCUGACUGUGAAAAAAAAGGAAUUUUUUCUCAGAAAUGUUUAUCAAAGGCAAAGGAUUAUGCACAAAAUUUAGAUUUUGCUAAAAGUGGUAUUUGUGAAAUAUCGGACACUGAUUCUUUUCCCUGGCAAUAUCCUGACUUUAUGGACAAACUUGAUCACAAGAGCUCUUAUCUCUCAAAACGCGCAUUAGGACACCUGUAUCGAAAUUGCAAGCGAAUACAGUUUGCCAUUGAUACAGCAAAUGAAAAACUUGAAUGUGAUCUUGACACUUAUCUCUUAUAUCCAGGUUUGGAAGAAUACUUGGAAUCUGCUAAAGAGGCAUUGGAAAAGUAUUCUUUCACCCUUAGAACCACUAUGAAAAUAUUUGGUGUAGAAAGUGAAGGAGAACUUGCUUCUAUGUGCAUAACUCGCCUCUCAAAAUAUUUACAAGAAAGGAAUGAUAUGAAAAAUGUAGGUAUUGUGCUGGAAAAUCAGAUUCAAUAUGUGUUUGAAUCUUUGAAGAAAGAAUUCUAUAGAGAAUUUAGUAAUGGUUCUAAAACCAAAACUUCUGAUUACUGUCUGCCACUUGAAAGCGUAGACAAAGCAUUAAGAAAAGCUUCUGCAUGGUACAAGGUAACUUGUGAACAAAACAAGAAUAACUUUGGUGAAGCCAAUUUUUAUGGGUUACCGUGGAUUGUAGCAGAUUUACUAGUUGUGAUUAGAAAAAUACAAACUGCUAAGGAAACCAAAAUAUCAGAGAAACAGAGACUGAUUGCUAGAAUUAAUAGCAUUUGUUUUUCACAAAGUAUAGCUGACACUUUCAAUUAUCCAGAACAAAACCUAUUUCUGCAAGCAACUAAGGCUUUAAAAUUACUUCAAUGGUGGGUUCAUUACCAUAGCAAAUUGUUUUCCCUUUCGACCUUUUGCACUGAUGUUCAAAGUUAUAUUGACAGAGUGUUCAAAAAUAUUAUGGAAGAAAGUUGGUCAAAUCUAGAUAAUGUCUCAGCAGGAAGUCUGGUUUUACAGUGUCUGGAAUUAAUGGCAAGUGGUGGAAUGAAGUCAAAUAAUGCCAGGAGUGAGAAAAGUGUUACCUGUAUUGAGCAAGAGGCUGGUCUUAUAGCAUUGAUUAUGUUAUGUAAGCUGGUGUAUGGAAGAAUUGAUGGUCUGUAUUUUAAAGACUUUGAUACCCAAACCACAUGUGAUAUAUUACAUGUACAAGAUGAGUGGGAAGUAAUUCACCUUUCACUUUACAAUGAACAGUUUUCAAGCCCUUUUAUGAAAAAGGAAGAUGAUGUGAAACACUAUAUCCAAAAAAAUACAGGAAUCUCUAAGAUAGAUAUGAGAGCUAAGCAUGAGCAGGGUGACAAGUGGCAUCUAUUGUUGACUGUUCGAGGUUGCAGAUGGAGCUUAGAAAGAGUGAAAGAGUUGGUUGUCAGACCAAGUUUUGAAAAAGCAAUUAAAGAAGGAUUAUUUUAAAGCCAGUAAGAUGCACAAAUGUGUGCAGAAUAAAAAAAUGUAUGUAAUUUUUUAGAAAUAUUCCAGAUGGUGAACCUUCUUAACUUCCAGCAAAUAUUAGAUUUUUGAACACAUUAAACUAUACUUUGUUGGAACAGUUUUUAUUAAACUGAUUUCUUUACUGAAUAUAAUUUGUACACUUAUUUGAAGAUACAGUUUUCGUUCUUAGAAUUAGACCCCAAUACAACUCUCAUUUUUUCUAGUAAGAACAGUAACAUUAAUCCAGCAUUAGCUUUGUCAUAAAUGAAGUAUUUUAACCUGUUUUGUGCACUGAAUUGUAAUGGUACUACCAAAUAUGCAAAAUAGUCCAAAAGAUAGUGUACACCAAACAUGCUCGCCCUUUCAGCCGUGGGGACAUUAUAAUGUGAUGGUCAAUCCCACUAUU